AUGAGUGCACCGGCUUAUUACGAACUCUAUAGAAGAAGCACAAUUGGCAGCGCCUUGGCGGAUGCCUUGGAUACGCUCAUUAGUGAUGAGAAGAUCCAGCCCCAGUUGGCUAUGCGUAUCUUGAACAACUUCGACCGUAUCGUUUCGGAGAACUUGAAGGCGGAAAGGGGGUUGUGCAAGUCGAAGUUGACAUUCAAGGGUGACUUACACACAUAUCGUUUCUGUGAUGAUGUCUGGACUUUCAUCAUUAAAAAUGUGUUGAUCAAAAUGACGGAUAUUUCUAAUAACGAUGUCAACGAUAGUGACAUCGCCGUGGAGAAAUUUAAGAUUGUGGCAUGCAAUUCUAGAAAGGCUGGAGAAAUUUAG